GUCACUUCCGAGUGGGGGAUCCCUCGCAGAAGGCGGAAAUGUGUGAGUCUGCAGUGGCGAAACGCAGCUGCUGUGGUCCCUAGUGUCACCUCAGGCCUUUGCGGGACUGGCCUCGGCAGUUUGGAGGUGGUCUCCAGAACAAGCGAGGGAGGAUAGCCAUGAGGCGGCCACACGGCCUGGCAGGGUCUGGAGGCUGACUUGUCACAUCGCCUGCUACCCGGCCCGCCGCCCGCGCUGUCCCUCAGGAUGAACGCGGCCGCCGCCUCCAACUGGGGGCUGAUCACGAACGUCGUGAACAGUAUAGUGGGGGUCAGCGUGCUCACCAUGCCCUUCUGCUUCAAACAGUGUGGCAUUGUCCUGGGCGCCCUGCUCUUGGUCUUCUGCUCCUGGAUGACACAUCAGUCAUGCAUGUUCCUGGUAAAGUCUGCCAGCCUGAGCAAACGGAGAACCUACGCCGGCCUGGCGUUUCACGCCUAUGGGAAAGCCGGGAAGAUGCUGGUGGAGACCAGCAUGAUUGGGCUGAUGCUUGGAACCUGCAUUGCCUUCUAUGUUGUGAUUGGUGACCUGGGGUCCAACUUCUUUGCUCGGCUCUUUGGGUUUCAGGUAAGUGGCACCUUCCGUGUGUUCCUGCUCUUUGGGGUGUCUCUGUGCAUCGUGCUCCCACUCAGUCUGCAGAGGAAUAUGAUGGCCUCCAUCCAGUCCUUCAGCGCCAUGGCCCUCAUCUUCUACACCAUCUUCAUGUUUGUGAUUGUGUUGUCCUCCCUGAAGCAUGGCCUCUUUGGCGGACAGUGGCUGCAGCAGGUCAGCUACGUGCGCUGGGAGGGUGUCUUCCGCUGCAUUCCCAUCUUUGGCAUGUCCUUCGCCUGCCAGUCCCAGGUCCUGCCUACCUACGACAGCCUGGAUGAGCCUUCUGUGAAGACCAUGAGUUCCAUAUUUGCCUCUUCCCUCAAUGUGGUUACUACCUUCUACGUCACGGUGGGGUUUUGUGGUUACGUCAGCUUCACGGAGGCCACGGCGGGCAACGUGUUGAUGCACUUCCCCUCCAACCUGGUGACGGAGAUGAUUCGAGUGGGCUUCAUGAUGUCGGUGGCCGUGGGCUUCCCCAUGAUGAUCCUGCCCUGUAGGCAGGCCUUGAACACGCUGCUUUUCGAGCAGCAGCAAAAAGAUGGAACCUUCGCUGCUGGAGGUUACAUGCCCCCUCUCCGGUUUAAAGCGCUGACCCUCUCGGUUGUGUUUGGGACCAUGGUUGGUGGCAUCAUGAUCCCCAAUGUGGAGACCAUCCUGGGCCUCACGGGGGCAACGAUGGGGAGCCUCAUCUGCUUCAUCUGCCCAGCUCUAAUCUACAAGAAGGCCCAAAAGAACGCCCUCUCUGCCCAGGUGGUGCUCUGGGUUGGCCUGGGCGUGCUGGUGGUCAGCACACUUACCACCCUGUCUGUGAGUGAAGACGUCCCUGUGGACUUGGCAAAGGAGGCUCCUGGUGGCCAUCGAGGGGAGGUCGAGGGUGUGGCGAAAGCGGAGGUGGCCAAGCUCUCAGCCCAGAACCCUGUCGUGGAUGUGGCUGAGGAUGGCCGGGAGAAACCAAAGCUGCUGGAGGAGAAAGAAGAGCUGGAGCCAGCGCAGAUCAAGGGCCCUGUGGAUGUGCCUGGUGGGGAGGAGGCCGCCGAGAAGCAGGAGGCUGCACAGCUGGAUCGCCCUGCUCAGGGUAUUGCUGUCCUAAUGGGUGAGGCCCACCGCCAUGAGCCUCCCAUUCCUCAUGACAAGGUGGUGGUAGAUGAAGGUCAAGACAGAGAAAGACUGGAAGAGAACAAGCUGCUUUCUAGACACACAGCUGGAGGAGCUCCUGGGGGCAAGGGGCAGCUGGCGCCACCUCUACCCAAGUCAGAGAGAGAGAAGAAGCUGGAGAGGGGAGAGGCUGGGAAGAGCCCCGAACAGGCCCAGCCCUUAGGAGCCGUGGGGGGUCUUCCUGAAGACCACCAGAAGGUCCCAGAGGCAAAUGGUCAGCCUGCUUUCCAGGCCAGGAAGGAGGACCCGGGAGCAGGUCUUGAUCCUGGGCCCCGGGUAGCCCUCUCAGCGGAAAACACCAGGGCAGCAAGGCAAGGGGAAGAGGCCAUGCAUGGUGCAGCAGGGGACACUGGGAACGUCGUGGAGAGUGACCCUGGUGGGAAGGUGCCCCUCCCGGCACAGAGGCCGCCUCCUGGGGCUAGGCUGCAGCGGGAGCAGCGGGAGCAGCGGGACGCAGAGCGGGCAGCGGCGGCGGCAGAGCAGCCCGGUGGAGACCAGACAGGCAGCAAGCUGGAGGCUGAAAUUAAAAAGAUAGUAGCAGCAGAAGCUGGCAGGGCAGAGAUGCUGGACCAUGCCGUCCUGCUUCAGGUGAUCAAAGAGCAGCAGGUGCAGCAGAAGCGCCUGCUGGACCAGCAAGAGAAGUUGCUGGCUGUGAUUGAGGAGCAGCACAAGGAGAUCCACCAGCAGCGGCAAGAGGACGAGGAGGACAAGGCCCGGCAGGGGGACAUGCAGCCAGAGCCUGGAGUGGCUGUCCCCAGAGGUCAAGAGGAGGCUCGGGACGAGCCUGCUGGGGAGUUAGUGGAGAAGCCCCCUCCGCAGCCUGUGGAACCCGUGAUGGAUGGUCUGGGGAACCGGCCUGUUCUACCCCAAGAGCUUGGUCAGCACUCCCUGGAGGAGCCCAGGCAGGCUGUGGGAAGAGACCCAGCUGGUCCUCCUGACACAGAGCCCCAGGCAGCCCAGGCCAAGCUGAGCAAAGACCAGAAGGGUGCUGUGGCUGAGGUGGCUAAGGCCGUGAAGGCGCUGGCCCAGGACCCACAGGCAGUGCCCAAGCCAGAUCCCACGAGGGGACCUGGGAGCUCAGAGAAACACCCUGCCGAGGAAGUCCCCAGGAAGAACCAGGAUGUUUUUGGCAGAGGUUCCCAAGAAAAUAAGCAAAUCAGAAAGAAAGCAGCAGGCCCUGGAGCCGACACUCAGAAUGAAGCUGGUAGGGCCAUGGCAGGGGCAGGUGCAGAGGCUGAGGAUGCCCUUGUGAAAUCUAAGCAAUCAGACCUAGUACCUGCUGUGAAUGUCCCUCAGCCCCAGGCUGGACUGGGUCAGCAGAAUCCUCAGCCCACUUCUGAUGGGGGCCAGGGUGGUCACCUAGAGACCAAACAAGAGUCCCCUGGAGAGACCCACACGCCCACUCCUCAGAAGCAGCCUAGAGCUGGGAAAGAGGCUGCUAUCCAAGAGCCCAGGCAGAGAUCAGACCCUGAGUCUGGGCCCAGACUCACGGUACCUGAGGCUCAGAAGCCAGACAACGCCAAGUCCAACCGAGACCUGAAACUGCAAGCUGGCUCUGAUCUUCGGAGGCGGCGGCGGGAUCUUCCCCCUCACCCAGAGGGUGAACCGUCCCCCAAGGAUGGGGUCAUUAUCACCUUUAACCAACUCCCAGACAUCUCAGCCAAUGACCUCCGCAGUGCCCUGGACACCCAGCUCCGCCAGGCUGCUGGAAAUGCGCUGCAGGUAGUCCACAGCCGGCAGAUCAAGCAGCUGCCCACAGCUCCCGAGGAGGCCUGAGCACCCGCUCACAGCGGCAGCCCAGUGAGGGCCUCUGUCCUGUGAGCAGCUGCCUCCCUGGCCUUACCCUGGCUGAACAUGGCUGACCCCCAGGGAUGUGUAUGUGAGACCCUCACCAAGUGCCGUGGCAUCUGAAAGGCCGAACUGUCACCACCUGCUCUGAGCGUUACUUGUCCCUGUACCCCGAGCCCAUGCAACCCACAAGCGGCUCAGUGGAGUGGCGCUGGGGCCUGACUCCUCUGAGGAGAGCUGUGUCACUGCCUGCAGCGCACCUUUGACAAAGCCAGAGCUGGGCCACCCUGGGGCUCUGUGAGAACCUCCAUCCCAGGAAUAGUCCCAACACUGCUGCUGUCCCAGGAGCGUAGGGGCACGCCCCACAAGCUCUGUGCCCUCCUCCAGGCCUUGGCAUCUACAAGGCAUGGACAGUCGGUUCUCUGCUGCACAGGCCUCAUGGCCUGCACAUGCGCUGGGGUCUGCUCUUUGAAAUAAAACUAUUGAAAUAAAAAAUAAAAACGAUGA